AUGUUGCAAUACAUACUCGUGUUACUUGUGAUAGUUCUUGUAGUGUCAGCUCAAAGAAUAAAAAGUAAGAAGUUGCCGAAAUUACACGAAGAAAUAAAAACACAAUUUUCGUAUAUACCAUUCAUUGGACACGCGCAUCAUUUUUUUGGGAGUAGUGAAGAUCGUAUGAAUAGACUUAAAGAGCUAGCGUAUCAGGCUUACAAAAAUAAACAUGGCAUCGUCAAUGUAUGGCUCGGCAAUACAUUGUAUUAUGGUAUAUCUGAUCCUGAAGCUGCAAAAUUGCUUUUAAAAUCUUAUCUCGACAAGGGCCCCUUGUCCAGACUUGCACAUCACCUGAUCGGCGACGGCUCCAUCUUCUCCUCUGUGGACACGUGGCGUCAUCGGCGCAGAAUCCUUUGUCAUGCCACUGCAUCGAAGCACACAAACAAUUUCAUGGAAAUCUUUGAACGUAACAGCAACGUGCUAGUGCAGCAGCUCGCGCGAGUCGCCGGCAAGGGUGACGUCUCGUGUUUUGAUUUCGUCUACUCCUGCUCGUUGAACUCCUCUUGUGAAACAGAAUUUGGAGAAUGCGUGCAAGAAAAUUCGGAACAUACCUUUCGACAAGCGUUUAUCGAGUACUACAACAAUUUAUCAGUUCGUCCGUUUCAGUUUUGGUUGCACAACGAUGCUGUUUACCGAUGGAUGCCAGUUUAUCGCAAGCAAGUCAAGGCACGAAAUAUAAUUCAUGACUUCGUUACAAAAUUAAUACAAAGAAGAAAGAACGCUUUAAAGUCUACUCACCAAGAAAAUCAUAAGCUUAUUUAUUUCGAUGCAAAAGGUAACAAUAAAACGGAGUCCUACACAGAGCUGUUAAUGAAGUAUUCCGGGGGAGACAAAGGUUAUUCGGACACAGAGUUGCUCGAGGAGUCACUUAUGAUGCUCAUGGCCUCUACCGACACCUCGACAAUCGCCAUUUGCUUUACAUUGAUUCUAUUGUCACAAUAUCGCGAUGUGCAGGAAAAGAUUUACAAAGAAAUCCAUUCAGUGGUCGGUGACUCCGGCAGAAUAACACUAAACGAUAUCAACAAACUGGAAUACUUAGACGCAGUUAUAAAGGAGUCUCUGCGCCUCUACCCGCCAGUGCCCGUCAUUAUAAGAUAUAGUGACAAAGAUUUCGAAUUACCUUCAGGUUUGCAAGUGUGUAAAGGGGACCAUCUUGUAAUCCAUAUAUGGGGCAUACACCGCAACCCGCAGUACUGGGGCAAAGAUGCGGAAGAAUUCCAGCCGGAGCGGUUUCUAAACGUAACGCCGCAGCAACUGUAUGCAUUUAUACCGUUCAGUUAUGGUACUCGAAAUUGUGCCGGGGUUCGCCACGCUAUGAUUUUCCUAAAGACGACGUUGGCGAACAUCAUACACAAGUACCACAUCGAGCCACCUACCAGCUACGAAUGUGAAAAUCCAUUAAGAGUUAAGUUCGUAGUGACGAUGAAACACGUGCAUGAUUAUAAGUUGCAGAUGCGAAGUAGAGUU